UGUAAGGAGCAGGCCCAUAUGUCUUACGGAUAUGUAACGCUCCUUCAGGUUGCUGACCUCCGCGUAACAUGCGUCUGUGCCGAAGUUACGCCACAUAGCCAGGAGCAGCAGUUUUUGAAAGGGCAGCGAGCUGAAGGGGACCUCCGGUGUGAGCGUGAGCCUAUGGAAAAAGUCAGUAAAGAUGCCAAGACUAACCCGGCUGCGACGGCGAACUUGCUGUCCAAGAUAUUUUUCUGGUGGCUGAAUCCUUUGUUCCGCACCGGGUACAAACGUAGGCUGGAGGAAGAUGACAUGUACGAAGUGCUCGCGGAGGACCGGUCGGCGAGACUGGGACAGGAGCUGCAGAGACGCUGGGAUCACGAAGUCCAGAAAGCUACCAAAGAGCUGCGGAAGCCUCAACUCGCCACCGCCAUCAUUAAAUGCUACUGGAAGUCAUAUGCAGUGCUAGGACUCUUUACAUUAAUUGAGGAGAUCAUUAAAGUCGUCCAGCCAAUCUUACUGGGGAAGAUAAUUGAGUACUUUGAGAGUUAUAACCCAAGUAACACCAGGGCUUUACACGAGACCCUUGGCUAUGCAGCUGGAUUGUCUUUCUGCACCAUUGGCCUGGCAGUGAUGCAUCACCUCUACUUUUACUGCGUGCAGAGGGCGGGCAUGAAGAUCAGAGUGGCCAUGUGUCACAUGAUUUACCAGAAGGCUCUGCAUCUGAGCAGUUCGGCCAUAGGAAAGACCACCACAGGUCAGAUUGUCAACCUUCUCUCCAAUGACGUCAACAAGUUUGAUGAAGUGACUAUCUUUCUGCACUACUUGUGGGUGGGGCCAUUCCAGGCAGCUGCAGUUGUGGCGCUGCUGUGGUACGAGAUCGGUCCAUCGUGCUUGGCAGGAAUGGGGGUCCUCUUGAUUCUGAUGCCUGCCCAAAGCAUGUUUGGAAGACUCUUCUCUAAGUUCAGGAGUAAGACUGCUGUUCUGACUGACAGCAGAAUCCGCACAAUGAAUGAAGUGGUGUCCGGAAUUAGGAUCAUCAAGAUGUACGCCUGGGAGAAACCCUUCACUGCUCUGGUCUCCGAGGUCAGAAGGAAAGAGAUCUCCAAGAUCAUGAACAGCUCCUACCUGCGAGGUCUCAACAUGUCUUCCUUCUUCUGCGCCAGCAAGCUCAUUGUCUUUGUCACAUUCACCCUCUAUGUCCUCCUGGGAAAUAUCAUCUCAGCCAGCCGCGUAUUUGUGGCCGUGUCUCUGUACAGUAGCGUGAGACUUACGGUGACCCUCUUCUUCCCCAGUGCCAUUGAAAAGCUGUUUGAGAGCCGUGUGAGCGUCCGCAGGAUUCAGGAGUUCUUGAUGCUGGAUGAGAUCAGGAAAAACACAGUUGCUCUGCCACCGGAGGAGAAGGAUGCUGCCGUGGAGAUUCAGGAUCUGACUUGCUACUGGGACAAGAGUUUGGAUGCACCAACUCUGCAGAGCAUUUCGCUCAGUCUCAGCUCAAAUCAGUUGUUGGCUGUAAUUGGACCAGUGGGAGCCGGAAAGUCAUCCCUGCUGAGCUCCAUCCUGGGCGAGCUUCCUGCUGAAAAGGGUGUGCUGAAAGUCGCAGGUCAGUUGACCUAUGCAGCCCAGCAGCCGUGGGUCUUCCCUGGAACCAUUCGCAGCAACAUCCUAUUUGGAAAAGAGCUGAACCCCCAGAAGUAUGAGAGGGUUAUCAGAGCCUGUGCGCUAAAGAGGGACCUGGAGCUGCUCCCAGAUGGAGACCAGACACUGAUUGGGGACAGAGGAGCGACACUCAGCGGGGGACAGAAAGCUCGUGUUAACCUGGCCAGGGCCGUGUAUCAGGAUGCUGACAUCUACAUCCUGGAUGACCCUUUAAGCGCGGUGGAUGCCGAGGUUGGGAGGCACCUCUUUGAACAAUGCAUCUGUGGCUUGCUGAAGAACAAGCUUCGCAUCCUGGUCACCCAUCAGCUACAGUACCUGAAGGCAGCAGACCAGAUUGCUGUCCUCAAAGAGGGUCACAUGGUGGCUAAGGGAACUUACACGGAGCUUCAGCAGUCUGGAUUGGACUUCACCUCCCUUCUGAAGAAGGAGGAGGAAGAGGAGCAGCAGCAACAGCAGCAGCAGCAGCCUCCUCACGACGUUCCCAUCAGAACCCGAACUCUGUCUCAGAAUUCAGGGCUUUCCCAGGCCUCCUCUGCCCACUCCGUCAAAGAUGGAGACCACUUACCAGCAGAGCAAGUUCAUACCUUAGCAGAGGAGAGUCGAGCUCAGGGAGCCAUUGGAAUCCGUCUGUAUGUCAAGUAUCUGAGAGCCGGGGCCAACAUCGUGGUUCUGCUGGCUGUCAUGGUGGUUAACAUCUUGGCUCAGGUAGCGUACAUCAUGCAGGACUGGUGGCUAGCUCAUUGGGCCGACGAGCAAGAAAAGCUAACGUCCAACGGCAACCUCACAGAGAAUGGACUAAAUGUCACCAAGGAGCUGGACACAGAUUUUUACCUGGGCAUUUAUGGAGGUUUGACUGCAGCCACCAUAAUUUUUGGCUUUGUCAGGAAUCUGGCCCUGUUCAGCGUGCUGGUCAGGUGCACACAGUCUCUGCACAACCACAUGUUUAGCGCUAUACUCCGAACACCUGUGCGCUUCUUUGACAUCAACCCCAUUGGAAGAGUAUUAAACAGGUUUUCAAAGGACAUCGGCCAGCUGGAUUCCAACAUGCCGUGGACCUUUGUGGACUUCAUUCAGGUCUUCCUGCAGAUACUUGGGGUCAUUGCUGUUGCAACAUCGGUGAUUCCCUGGAUCCUUAUCCCCGUCGUCCCCCUCCUCCUCGUCUUUCUUUAUCUGCGUCGCUACUUUCUGCAGACCUCCAGAGACGUCAAACGGCUCGAGUCCACCAGCCGGAGUCCCGUCUUCUCCCACCUGUCUUCAUCUCUCCAGGGCCUGUGGACGAUCCGAGCCUUCGGAGCAGAGGAGAGGUUCCAGAAAGCCUUUGAUGCCCAUCAGGACCUGCACUCAGAGGCCUGGUUCCUGUUCCUGACCACCUCUCGCUGGUUUGCUGUCCGUCUUGAUGGCAUGUGCUCCAUCUUUGUUACUAUCACCACUUUUGGCUGCCUGCUGCUCAGAGACCAGCUUGAUGCUGGUGCCGUUGGUUUGGCUCUGACCUACUCUGUCACACUGAUGGGCAUGUUCCAGUGGGGGGUCAGGCAGAGUGCAGAGGUGGAGAACAUGAUGACAUCAGUGGAGAGAGUGGUGGAGUACACUGAACUGGAGAGUGAAGCACCCUGGGAAACCCAGAAGCGGCCUCCCCCCGAUUGGCCGAGCAAAGGCCUGGUGACCUUCGAUCAGGUCAACUUCUCCUACAGUGCUGACGGACCUCAGGUGCUGCACAACCUGAAAGCCGUGUUUAAACCCCGAGAGAAGGUUGGUAUUGUGGGCAGAACGGGAGCAGGGAAAAGCUCUCUGGUCUCAGCUCUGUUCCGCCUGACGGAGCCUCAGGGAAAGAUCUGCAUCGACGGUGUUGUGACCUCUGAGAUCGGCCUCCAUGACCUGCGUCAGAAGAUGUCCAUCAUUCCUCAGGAUCCGGUGCUGUUUACGGGCUCCAUGAGAAAGAACCUGGACCCAUUUAACCAACACACAGAUGAGGAACUGUGGAAUGCUCUGGAAGAGGUGCAGCUGAAGUUUGUGGUGGAGGAGCUGCCGGGGAAGCUGGAGACUGCCCUGGCAGAGUCAGGCUCCAACUUCAGCGUGGGCCAGAGACAGCUGGUGUGUCUGGCCAGAGCCAUCCUGAGGAAGAACCGCAUCCUCGUCAUUGAUGAGGCCACGGCCAACGUGGACCCCAGGACGGACGAGCUGAUCCAGAAAACCAUACGGGACAAGUUCAGAGACUGCACUGUGCUCACCAUCGCUCAUCGCCUUAACACCAUCAUAGACAGCGAUCGCAUACUGGUUCUGGAAGCAGGGAAGAUCCAUGCAUAUGAUGAGCCGUACACCCUGCUGCAGGAUCGCAGUGGCAUCUUUUAUAAAAUGGUGCAGCAGACGGGCAAACAGGAGGCAGCAGCUCUACUGGAGGCAGCUAAAAAGGCUUACGACAGCAGAAGCCGUCCCAACCUCUUAAACGGACAUGCCGUAACAGCAGACGGGAACUUGGUCAUCUUUGAGACAGCUCUGUGAGCUCAGGGAGGCUCUGACUCACUGCUCUGCCAGAAGAUUUGAGGCGGUGCCUUGGGCUAUACAAGCCUCUCUAGGGUCUGGUGAAAGCACGGAGCCGCUGCAGCUGGCGACGAGACACGGAGGACGUGACCUGCUGCAGCCUCGGUCUGGCUUUGAUUGGCUGAGCCUGCUGUGGCCGCACAGUGCUGCUGAGAGCUCCGAAGUCAGUGGUAUAAAAGCUGUUGAUGUAGAGCACUACUUAUUUAUCUAUCACAUGUUAAAUCGCUGCUCAGUAUUCUGAUGCCUUGCACAAAUUGCCUUUUAACGGCUACCUAAUUUUUAAAAUCCCAAGUGCUUUAUUUUAAUGUUGGAAGUGUAGCCAAAGUUUCCUUUUGUAUUUGUAAAUGCAAACGUGGCAUUGUUUUUCAGGGGUAAUGACCAAAUCUAACUUUGCAGGCAUUUCUCUGUAAUCUUAGUUUUUGUUGUUUGUUUUGUAAACAUUUCUAUUUUUUGACAUGUUUUGAAGACUUGAAGAUUUUACCGCUGAAUAUUUUGUUCUUUGUGUAGAUUAAUCUGCCGAUGGAAAGAUUUACAGGAUGAAAUGUUUGCUGAAUGACUUUCUAUCACUGUAAAGCUGCCACUUUGUAUAUGUUUUUGACAAAUACUAUAUAAAAGG